UCCGGCUCGAGGAGCGCGCGCGGCGCGUUCACGAGUUAACAAGUCGGUGAGCUGAUGAAGGCGUGAGGUCGUGGGUCUGCGAAAUAUAAUAGAAACCGAAGCGCGCGCGCCCUCGCGCACACACGCCGCUUCACCGGGCUCCGUUAUCGAGAAGGGUGGGGUUGGAGGGCUGGGGGGGUGGAAACGGACAGCUCGCCCACGUGCAGCCUCUGUGUGUGUGUGUGUGUGUGCGCGCGCGCGCGCGCGCGCGGGUGGGUGGAGUGAGCGCAGAGAGGCUCGUCUCGGUCUCUUUCUCCGCAGCAGCAGCAGACAGGAGGCAGGAGGAGCGAUGCGGUCCGAGAGCACGAGCUCCUAGACACGGACGGGGACGCGCAGGGACACGGACGGGGACGCGCAGCGCAGCGCAGCGGACCCCAUAUACGGACAGUGGGCUCCCAGUGCAGGAUGGCAGCGGCACGGCCAGCUGUCCGAAAGUGAGGAGGAAACGCCGUCUCGUCCGGGCACCUUUCAUGGGGACGUGGGACUCGCUCCCGCGCGGGUCACUCCUGACGAUUCUGACCGACCGCACCGGCACCAGAGGUGUUACCCAGCGACACACCCCCCCACGGGCACUGCCACUCGAGGACUCAAGACACCUCCUCUCCCACCGCAGGUUUCCGUUUCCCCUCCGUGUGUAAGCGGCUGUGGUGAGGAUGUCUGAGGUGGACACGGCGAGCCUGGAGGGAAGCCCCGAGGUCCCCGCUGAGCCCCGGUCUGCCCGGGAGGUUGGCGACACAGCGUCCCUCCCAUCCUGGCCCUGCCCUUCGCCCUCGCCAGUGCUGUGCGCGCCCCCCAGCUGCACUCUCGAGCAGAGCGACACCCGGGCUGAACAACAGAGGAGGGAAGUAAACCAGGGCCAGCCGAGAAAGAGAGCAAAGUCCAAAGGCAAGCUGGUGCGCAGCCUGGCCGUGUGCGACGAGUCUUCCCUGCCUUUACCUGUAGACGGUGCUGAGGAUAAUCAGGGUUCAAUUCCGCUGCAGAUUACCGCUUUGCCUUGUUUUCCGGAGGACAGCAAACCCAGCAGAGAUGAACUGGAUGCAGACAAAAACAAAGAGACAGAGAAGUGUAAUGAAAAACCAAAAAUCCGAAUGCUAUCGAAAGAUCAUAGCCAGGAGUACACCGACUCCACCGGCAUCGACCUGCACGACUUCUUAGUGAAUACCUUGCAGAAAAACACCAGGGACAGGAUGAUGCUUCUGAAGCUGGAGCAGGAAAUGAUCGACUUCAUCGCUGACAACAACAACCCUUUCAAGAAGUUCCCUCAGAUGUCCUCCUACCACAGGAUGCUGGUGCACAGAGUGGCUGCCUACUUCGGCAUGGACCACAACGUGGACCAAACUGGGAAAUCUGUCAUCAUCAACAAAACGAGCAAUACGAGAAUACCCGACCGGCGCUUUGGGGAGCACGUGAAGGAUGAGAAGUGCGAGGAGUCACAGAAGAGGUUCAUCCUGAAGCGGGACAACUCGAGCACGGACAAGGACGAGAACCUGCAGCACAGGAUCCAUCCCUUUCGAGAAGACAGGAGGAGCAAGUCGAUGGAGGAGCGCGAAGAGGAAUACCUGAGAGUCCGGGAGAGGAUUUUUGCCCAAGACUCCCUCUGCUCCCAGGAAAAUGUUUACAUCGAAACGAGGAUCUUAGAAGACUGCAGUUUAUGCAACGACACGCAGAAGAAGCGACAGCUGUUCAGGGCCAACCGGGACGGAUCGAGCCGCGCCUCGGGCAGCCGACAGAGCAGCACGGAGACGGACUCCCGCUGGAGCGAGCCGCGGCCCUGGAGCAGCACCGAUUCGGACAGCUCCAGCCGGAACUACAGGCCCGCCGUCACCAAAACAGCCAGCAUAGGAGGCAUCACGGUGCUGACGCGCGGCGACAGCGGGGCCAGUAGCCGGGGCUCCGGAAAGCUCUGCAAGACAGGCUCUGAGUCUUCCAGCAGCGGUGGUUCCUCUGGCUCCCUCUCUAGGGUCCACCUGUCCCUGCAAGGCCCCACGCUUGUCCCGACUGCCCCGCCCACCUCCUGCGGCUCCGUCUCCUUCCCAGAGAGCCAGGGCCCUCCCAGCAGUCCCAGCUACAUACUGGUGUCUCUGGAUGGCGCCGGAAUUCCGCCCGGGAGCAUCCUGCUCAACCCACACACAGGUCAGCCGUUUGUAAACCCAGAUGGAUCACCUGCCAUCUACAACCCCCCCAAUGGACAGCAGUCAGCGAGGGGCCAGCAGCAGAGUGCACAGCAAUCCCAGCAGCCUCAGCAACAGGCCCCGCCCCAACCGCUUCAGCCUCAGCAGCCAAUGGCAAGCCACAUGGUGCCCCAGGCCCUGCAGCCGUCCUCACAGGCAGUGCCAUACUCGGCCAUCUCGUACCCGUCCCAGCACCUGCUGCCCGUGGCGCCGAAUCAGCCCUUCGCUAUGCGAGACGACCUGCCCGCCCAGUUUGGCCAGCUGAGCCUCAGCCGGCAACCUUCAGGCGAAGCCUCCGAGUCGUCCUCCGCUGCUUCGGUGUUCCCUCCUGGCCUCCUGCAGCAGCCCCCCCAGCAGCCGGGAUUUGUCAUGGCCUCCCCCAGCCAGCAGCUCCCCCCGGGCGGGUUUGCCAGUUCCGGACCUGGGUCUGUCCUCUCUCAGCCCGCCCUGCAGUCCUCAGCAGGGUUCGGUCAGCAGGCCCCAUCUCAGGUGCCCAUGUAUUACUACUCAUCUGGCCACUACCCUACCUCAACCAGUACACAGUACAGGACCACUCCGGUCCAGUACAGCACGCAUAGGAACCAGCAGAUUCCUCAAAACGGACCCCAGCAGACAGGUUACCAACCCCUCCUGUCCAAUCAGCAACAGGGGUUCCAGGGCAUUAUGGGAUUGCAGCAACCACCUCAGAACCAGAACUUAAUGCCAACCAACCAGCAAGGCAGUCAAGUUCAAGGAAUGAUGGUGCCAUACCCACCGAUGUCCUCAUAUCAGGUGCCAAUGACUCAGGGCUCCCAAGGGAUGCCCCCGCCGUCAUACCAACAGCCCAUGCUGCUGCCAGGCCAGUCAAGCCAGGGGGGGCUGUCCAGCCCCGGUGUGCCAGUCUACUGCAACAUGAUGCCCCCGUCGCCACCAGGGAGCCUGUGCCUGCUGGGGGCACCGUGCCCCUCCAGCACCCUGCCUGUAAUGCAGGCCAGCUGCCGCACCACCUGCGCUAAUGUCAGCAGCAGCGGCUGGCAGGUGAAGUACUGACGCGCGCCGCGCCACGCCCCCGGGGUGGGGUCGGCGGUAGAGCAGGGUGGGGCAGCGUGGAGCCCCCGCCCGGUGGAAGAUCCAACACCUCAGAUCACGGCCUUCGAGCGUUGGGGGGGCAACGGGUGGUUAAGACUCUUCAAACAGUGCCAUUAUUCUGUAAAAAAAAGAAAAAAAAAAAAAAAAGAAAAAAAAGCAGAGAAUAGU